AUGGUAUCUUGUAUCAUAGUAUUUUGUUUGCUGUAUUUUCAGUUUAUUUCAGCUACAUGGACUUCAUUAAUGAAUCCAAUGACAUUAUCGAAUAAGACAUUAAUAAAUUUGCUGAAUAAUGGUGGUUAUGCUAUAAUAAGUGCAGAACAUAAUCCGAAUUUAUCAAAUAAUGAAUUUAAAUUAACUGAUGAAGCCAUUCAGAAACGGCUGGGUAAUUUAUCAACUGAUUUGACUAAUAAAUAUUUGUAUUCAAAUGUACUUGGAGUUUAUGAUGGUGCUAGUGAACAUAGUUUUCUUGUUAUUCUUCAUAAUGAUUUACCAGAUCGAGAACGAGCUCUGAUAUAUCGAUUAGGUGAAAAAUAUAAUCAAGAUUCAGUUAUAUAUGUAAAACAAGCUUUACCCGUUGUACAACAAUUGAUUUAUACAACAGGUCCAUUCAAUGGUACAUAUGUAGAAGGACAAGGUUACAAAAUUUUAACUACAAAUGUAACUGAUAAUUAUAGUAGUGUUCAAUUAUGUUCAAAUGUUACACUUACAUUUACAUUGAAUUUUGAUUUUGAACAAAUGAUUACAAAUAAUAAUACUAAAACAAAAACACAACAACUCAUUAAACAUCAUGCUCAAAAUAGAAUGCACAAUCAAUUGAGAAAAUCUAUUAGAUUGAUACAUUAG